UUAGGUUAUCCCAUAAAAGAGAGGAAUGUUUUUUGUUUUUGAACAUCAUAAAAUCGCAUGUUAGUGACCUCAACAAUAAGUGUGCGUAAAAUGUUCAUACAGCUAAAACUGUACAAGGUCAAACUGAACACAAAGAACACCAGUGAUGUGUACAAAAUGUGCACAGGACAUUGAAAACAGAUCAGGUUAAUUUCAUCUUUACUCAGUCGUCCCGUUUAAUUAGAAAAAAGUCGUUAAAUAUGAAGCAAAAACAUGUUAAUCGUUUAUUUAGAGACGGUAAACGUUGAAUGGGGUCAAAUCGACCCCAAAGAUAAUAGCAAGGUUACCUAUUUACACUUAAUCACAAAAUCUAGAACCAGAAACUGGAAGGUCUUUUAGGUUUUAAGGUAACUUUAAGGUCUGAAUUUGAAGACUUUAGUUUAUGCAGUAUGAUUUUAUGUAUAGUGAUGAUGGUAAGUGGAUCUUGAUGACCCUUGUGUACGAGUCAUUUGGAGAGUGGCACUAACUGGGGUCUUAAUGAAGCCUCAUUUAAUGACGAGCGUUGGGUUAUAAUGCAUGUCCUAUACACCCUGACACACUGUCCCAUAGCUUGGUGGUCAAUUUAUCCCACAGCCACGCACUGAAAAUAGGUGGUUGGCCCGACCUUCUUUCAGAUUAUAGUCAAGAUUUUGAUAGUCAAGAUUUUGAGGAUGCACCGAACAAAUCUAAACGAAAAAAUACAGGUAAACAUUGGCUUCCGUAUCCGGGAAUUACCUCACCGCCUGCCAUUGGGCUAUAACGUGAUCACGUGGUCCAAGUAACUUUACGGGGUCCCCUCGCUGGUAGGAGGGCUUUAUAGAGCAGAAAAACGACAAAGGUGGGAAAAUUUAUUUCUCCCUCCCGAAAUUAAUGACCAUGAGCUCGUAUUUGAUGGAGUCUACCUACAUCGAUCCCAAAUUUCCUCCUUGCGAGGAAUAUUCCCAAAAUAACUACAUUACUGACCACAGUCCUGACUAUUACAGACGUACACGGGACGCCGGCUACCAGCAUCACCACCAGGAACUGUAUCCUCAGCGCGUGGGCUACCAAGAGCGCCAGUAUGACUGUGAAAGCAUCCCCGAGCCUGAGCCUCAACAAAGGCAUGGGCUCGUCCACGGGGGGGACCUGCAGGCGGCUCCGCCGACAACGACGUCCCCUUCCGCGCCGGCGACUGCGCCACCAGCUUGCAGCCAAGCUGCCCCCGAGGUGCCCACCGACCCAGCUGGGACUAAGCAGCCCGUGGUCUACCCCUGGAUGAAGAAAAUUCACGUCAGUGCGGUGAACUCCUGUUACAGUGGAUGUGAACCCAAGCGCUCGCGCACCGCGUACACCCGCCAGCAGGUUCUAGAGCUGGAGAAGGAGUUCCACUACAGCCGCUACCUAACGCGGCGAAGGCGGAUCGAGAUCGCCCACGCGCUGCUCCUCUCCGAGCGGCAGAUCAAAAUUUGGUUCCAGAAUCGCAGGAUGAAGUGGAAGAAAGAUCACAGGCUGCCCAACACCAAAGUUCGACCCUCCUCCACUGCUGGCUCGAGCUCGGCGGCCACCACAGCAGCCCGCAACCCACCUUCGAGCGGCAGCGACUCCCCCAACGCACGAGCCCAGGAUAUUACCAGACUAUAGACGGAGCGAUGCUUCAUGGACAGAAAGGAAAAAAAAACAAAUGAUAUUUAUACAAAAUGCAUUCUUUUUAUACAUCGAUCAACACGAAGACAUGAUGUUCUCCUGGCGCUUUUGGGUUUCAUUAAGUUUCAUGGAAUGAGAAUAACCUCUGAGACUGUUCGGCUAGCAGGGUUAAUUUAUUCAGCGUAUUUAUUCUUCUUCUUUCUGCUUACUUGAAAUCAUAGGACAGUUUGGUCCAACAUGCACAACGUGAUGUAUUUGUUUAG